GAAGGAAGCAGCGCGAGCUCAUGCAACCGGACGCCGCGUGCAUAAGUUCCAACAGUUCAGUCGACGUUCAGUCAGUCAUGAAUGAAACUCUCCGGACGUGGUUUCUUGGGCUCACAUAAUCCCGCUUCACGCUGUACCUUCUGGAAGGCUACAUCCACCGCGGGGGUCUACAUCUGAGCAGCAGCGACGGACGCUGUUGACCCCUCGUAGAUGAACAGGUGGAGCAGAUCAUAGCCAAAAUAAAGUAGCUUUUCUGUUCGGUCUGGACAUUCCUCAUUGCCCCGUCACGCAUGCGUUUUGUGAAGAUCAGGCACUCGCGUCACCUCGCGCCGCAUUCUUUCACCGCGUGUUUUGAGAUCACGUUAUCAGUGCUGUUAUCAGACGAUAUCCCGAGAUGGAAUGUUUGGUGUAACGGAAUUGAAGUGAAGCGAUUGUGCCGUGGCUACUAAUUUUGCUCUUCUUAGUAGAAAGCCUAACUCUGACCACGACGGAGGCAACCACUCAGGAAGUUUUCGUUGAUACUACGACCAUGCUGCCAACUAAGACUACCCAUGUCACGGCGACUGCGACCACGGCGCCAAUUGAGACUACUAGUACUCCGACAACGACGUCGGCGACCACCACGACUACAGCCACCACGACAACGACUACCACAACGACUACCACCACCACAACGACCACCACAACAACAACCACUACCACCACCACUACCACCACCACAACGACCACCACUACCACCACCACCACUACCACCACCACUACCACCACCACUACCACCACCACCACCACCACUACCACCACCACCACCACGACCACCACUACCACCACUACCACCACCACCACGACCACGACCACCACCACCACCACUACGACUACCACGACGACGACUACCAUCACCACCUCGAAGCCACGUAAGUGGUUUAUAUUGUGAAUAUUGACCGAUUGAUCGAUAUUGAUCGAUAUUGACCGAUUAUCGGUGCAGAAGUGUUUGUACGUUGUGAAUUCUGCUCACUGUUUCACUGCUAAUCCAAUGUCCUUUCUUGCCCAGCUUUGCCUCAUAAGUUUCUUGCUUGCGUCAGUUCAGUCGUUCAGGCAAUAUUUCAUCCAUUGGAUGAUGUGUGCUACUUCAUGUUCUUCACCGUCCAAGACAUCAAUGAACUGAAAAACAAGAAUCUCGGUCUUGCGAAAAGCAAAAUUGGUAUCGACAUACCGAGCUCGAAAGCCAACGCUAAUGGAAACGCAAGGGAAAACUUCGCAGUUCCAUCGCAGCGUACUGGCCAAAGAUCAGAGACUUCGCUGUCUUGGACAUGGAACUCCGUCCAAGUGUUUCAACUUAUGUCGGUCAUGUCGAAGCAUUUCUAACAGCGUUGACUGAACUCUUUCAGGAAACGGACAGACUCUUGAACAUCCAUAUGAGCGCAGAACCAACGCCACGUAGCAAGUUUGGCUACGUGCUACUAGGUGUGGCGAUACUCCAUGGAAGCCAACAACCAAGCACCCUCAUGACUAAUUUCAAUCAGCUCGUACAAGGAAUUAAGCCGGACGCACUGCUGUACCGAACUACUCUCAAUCGUAAUGUAACGGGCACAAGCGUAUGCAGGACUACAGGACCGUCACCCUGGGAGGGACCUGGCAUGCCGUCUAUGCAGUCGUCAUUCGUUGAGUCGCUGGCAUUCAGGCAUUUGACUGGGUUCCAACCACUGCCUUCGAAAACAACAGAAUUACUCUCCUUUAGCGCUGCGGCCCUUAUAACCGCCUACAAUGGCAACAAUCCUAACAGACAAGACACCGAACCAUGCAGGAGUGUCACCCAGGUCAAUCCAAAAGAAGUGGUGUGCAAAGGUGGACCGUACUAUAAGGUAGUAGAAGCUAAUGUUGGUAGUCUUGGAACCGACAAUACUAGAUACGAUCAACGAGGCAGUACGUGGGAGCGCGAAGUCACAGUAGCGUACGACUCGAAUUGCACCAUGUCGAUAAAGAUGUGUAAGUCUUUCCAGACCUAUAGCUUCACGGGCGGCUACGUCAUCUUCGACGUCCACUUUCACUACCUGUGUUCAGAACCACCACCAUUCGUAGACUCCAAGGGCGACUUUGGCGUUGUGAAGUGGGCAAAAGUUAAUAUGAAUAAGAACUACGCGGGGAUAGUGUGCCCGACUUCUUGCUUCUAAGCUCACGGGUAAAGAAUGUGAUUACCAUUCGGAUGCGGAGUAUUGUUUGCAUGGCCGUGAAUCAAUCUGAUGUGAUAUGAUGCAAUAUAUGAUGUUCCAUCCACGA